AUGUUGAUGAUUUGGAGUACGGUCCGUGAGGUGGUGGUCAAAGACAUCGGGGAAACUCUUUUCUUGUUUAUAUUUGCGACUGAAAAGGAUAGACAGAAGGUUUUGCGCAGUGGGCCUUGGAACUUUGACAAAGCCCUAGUUUUACUAGAGACUCCUGACGGUAGUAUUGCUCCAUCCAAGAUGCUUCUCAAAUAUGCAGACUUAUGGAUUCAAGUCCACAAUGUACCAUUGAGCUAUAUGUCGACAAAUAUAGGGAGACAGAUUGGAAAUAGUUUCGGACGGUGUUUGGAUGUCAUGGAAGGUAUGGAUGGGGAGUGUUUGGGUAGAUUCCUCAGGAUAAGGGUCAGGGUGGAUGUCUCCAAGCCGUUAAGACGAGGGAAAAAAAUGUUACUACCUUAUGGGAAUACGGUGUUCGUGGAGUUCCGAUACGAACGUCUGCCAGAAUUUUGUUUCUGCUGUGGUCGAGUGGGUCAUGUGUUCAAAGAGUGUUCUUUCGUGGACCAGGUUGCAAAACAAGCAAGGGAAAAGCCAUACGGUAUUUGGCUUAAGGCCACAAAGGAUUUUCAUCCAAUUAGGGCUGGCAGUCCUAAACGAAACAGGGGCAGUGGUAUGGGUACCAACAAAACACGAGGGCUAGCAGAGGAUGGUGAGUCUGGAGCUCAUGGAGAGUGGUUGGUACAGCAAGGAGCGCCUAUCCAUGCCCAACACCUAAGCAGCGAUGAGGAAGGGGACUGGGUGAAAGAGAGGGAGAUGAAGGAGGGAAGGCAGAAGGGUAGUUCUAGUGGGGAGAAGGUGGAUGAAUUCUCUAUGGGUCCGUUGGGUAGACAAAGGCAUAGGGCUGACGUGGCAACGCCCCAAGACCCAGCAAAUCAAGUCAUAACUGAUAUCAGUAGGCCAUUACAAAAGCCAAUAAUUAUUGAGGAGGAAGGUGUUGUCAUCAAGGAGAAAAUAAUUAGGAGUAACUCCACAAUCAAGGCUGUGGAGACAAUGGCUAUUAAGGGGGAUGUUAGUAUUCAAACGGUCGCCUCCAGAUUCAAAGCUGUCUUUGGUGAGGAGAGGCGACAUUCAUUGCAUAAUCUUCAUGGGCACAAUCCACUGAGUAGCAUUGAAGGUGGGCUGGGUAUUUUAAGUGGGGCCCAAAAGAAUGUUGAAUUUAGGUCUGAUUCUAAACUGGAACAGCUGGAGGACCCAAUGCAGUAUGAGGCAUGUGCAGGGCAAGAACACAAACAUAAGGCCAACUCAAAAGUGGUAGAAGGUCGUGGAAACGUCAAGCAAGGACAAGAAGCUUUUCAACCAAUCCACAUGGAGGGGAUACGAGACCAAGAAGCUGAAAGGGAGCGACACUAUGACUAUCUGUUCAACCAAAGUGGUGGGAUCAACAGGGCUAACCCACCACGAGCAAUGAGGAUCUUAAGUUGGAAUGUCCAAGGUCUCGGGGCUCCUCGGACAUUCCACUCUCUCAAAAAUGUAUUGCGAGAGAAAAAACCCGACUUGGUUUUCUUAAUGGAAACCAAAGUGACAGCAAAUCAGAUGGAAAAUAAACGGAUACAACUUGGAAUGAAGGGGGUAGUUAAAGUGGCGAGAAUGGGUUUGGGGGGAGGUUUGGCUUUGUUUUGGCGGAGCGGAUGGGAUUUGAGGCUGCUAUCUUAUUCCGUGGGUCACAUUCAUGUUUUGAUCACUGGGUCGAAUGAUUCACAGUUUUAUCUUACUGGGUUUUAUGGGCAUCCUGAGACCCAACAACGAAACCACUCUUGGGAGCUAUUACGCAGAUUGUUGCAUACGGUUCAAGGAGCAUGGGUGGCACGUAGUUAUCCGGAUGGUAGUAUGGUGGAAGAACGUUUGGAUAGAUGUGUAUCAAAUGGAGUCUUCUUCGAUCGUUACUCACAUCUGACGACCAACCAUUUAGUGGCAGUGGGUUCCGAUCACUAUUCGAUCCAAGUGGAGGCUUGCGUUGAUGAUCCAGAAGCAAGUGCAAAACGGACUAGACGGUUUCAUUUUGAAGAAAUUUGGACAAAGGAGCCAGACUUUGACAAGGUGAUUGAAGAGGCUUGGAAGGUUACCGACAGAGUGAAAGGUGUUCGAAACAGUUUAUCAAUGUGUGCAAAGGAACUCAAAACUUGGAACUAUGUCCAUUUUGGCAAUGUUCGCAAUCAAUUAAAAUAUGCUUAUAAGGAGUUAGCAGCCCUUCAAGGAAGACUGACAACUGAUCAAUCUGCGUUAAAGGCUAAAGUUGAGAAAACCAUUUCAGAGCUUUUAGAAAAACAAAAAAUUAUGUGGAGACAACGAUCCAGAGUAGCGUGGCUCAAGGAGGGAGACAAAAAUACUCAUUUUUUCCAUGGGAGGGCAAGUUCCAGAUCUAAACGUAAUAGGGUGUGUGGAAUAUUUCAUGAAAAUCAGGUUUGGCAGACUGACGUGCAAAGGAUAGGGGACCUGUUCUGUGACUAUUUCAAGACUUUAUUUUCUUCCUCCGGUAGCCAGCGAAUGGAGCGGAUUCUAAACGAGGUAAGGCCUGUAAUAACAAGUGCUACGAACGACCGGCUGUUGCAAGUUUUUACGCGGGAAGAGCUGGACCAUACUUUAUUUCAGAUGUUCCCAACGAAAGCGCAUGGGCAUAACGGUAUGCCAGCUUUAUUUUUCCAAAAGUAUUGGCAUAUAGUUGGCAAUAAGGUGGUCGACAAGUGUUUGCAGAUUCUAAACGGGGAAGAAAGUGGUCGGGAGUUUAACCAUACUCUUAUAGCUCUCAUCCCAAAGAUCAAGAUGACAACCACUAUUUCAAAAUUCCAACUGAUAAGCUUGUGUACGACCGUCUACAAAAUGAUAGCGAAAACAAUUGCAAAUCGAUUGAAGGCUAUUCUUCCUCACGUUAUUACUGAAAAUCAAAGCGUCUUUGUACCGAACCGAAUGAUUCUGGAUAAUGUGAUGGCUGCCUUCGAAAUAAUGCAUACUAUUAAGGGAGUGAAGAAGGGGCGCGAUGUCAAAAUGGCUCUCAAAUUGGACAUGGCCAAAGCAUAUGAUAGAGUGGAGUGGUUUUUUUUUAGAGAAAUGAUGCUCAAACUGGGUUUUUCAUCCACAUGGGUUGCAAAAGUUAUGGAUUGCAUCUCCACUCCAACCUUUUUGUGCUUUGGAAGGGCUCUCCUCUUGGGCAUAUUAAGCCACAGCGUGGGUUACGGCAAGGAUGUCCUUUUUCUCCAUAUUUGUUUCUUAUGUGUACUGAGGGGUUCUCGUGUCUAUUGCGUGGUGCAGAAAGGAGGGGCCACGAAAGAUGUUUGUAUGGCUUUGGAAACUUUGUUCCAAAUCUACGAAGAGGUCUCAGGGCAACAAAUCAACUACUCUAAGUCUGCGUUCUCUUUAAGUCCGAAUGCCACAAGAGCAGAUUUCGAUAUUGCAGGUGCUUUGAACGUUCCUGUUGUGCAGUGCCAUGAGAAAUAUUUAGGUUUGCCCACUAUCGCGGGAAAGGGAAGGAAACAACUCUUCCAACAUUUAAAAGACAAACUUUGGAAGCAUAUAAGUGGGUGGAAGGAAAAGCUCUUAUCUAGAGCGGGGAAAGAGAUUUUAAUUAAAGCCGUGUCACAAGCAAUCCCCACCUAUUCGAUGAGUUGUUUUCGGAUUCCAAAAGGAUUGUGUAAGGAGCUAAAUGGAAUCAUGGCUCAAUUUUGGUGGGCAAGGGUGAAGGACAAGAGGGGUAUUGACUGGGUGAAGUGGGAGAUGUUAUGUAAGAGUAAGUUUGCAGGAGGGUUGGGGUUUCGUGACCUUGAGGCUUUCAAUCAGGCUUUGCUUACAAAGCAAUGCCAGUGCAUUAUCCAAACUCCAGAGUCGCUGGUAGCAAGGAUUUUUAGAGCUAGAUACCAUCCAUCAGCACCAUUCUUAGAAGCUGGAGUGGGAACCAACCCAUCUUUCAUUUGGAGGUCUUUGCAAUGGGGGAAGGAGUUGCUUAACAAGGGAUUGCGUUGGAGAGUUGGCAAUGGAGAGUCCAUCCAGGUUUAUACUAACAAAUGGCUUCCAGUCCCUUCUUUUUUCAAAAUCAUGUCUGCUCCACAGUUGCCACUCUCAACACUGGUUUGUGAUUUAUUCACCUCUUCAGGCCAAUGGAAUGUGCCAUUACUUAAGGAUAUUUUUUGGGACCAAGAGGUGGAAGCAAUAUUGCAAAUUCCAUUAGUUUCCUUGGCAAGUCACGAUUGUUUAAUUUGGCAUUAUGAAAGAAACGGCAUGUAUUCGGUUAAAAGUGGAUAUCAGUUGACACGUUUGGAGAAGGAUAUAAUGUGUGGAGAGUCAUCUGCUGGUGUCAACUUGAGUUCAAGGUUUUGGAAGAAAAUUUGGGCUCUUAAAAUCCCAAAUAAGAUUAAGUUCUUUCUAUGGAGGAGGUGUGGCGCAACUCAGCUUGGGGGGAACGUCUGUGAGGUGUCGAGGGUCAAUUCUUUUAGAGAGCUAUGGUAUGCAGUACAGAUAUCCUCAGGUGGGGAAGAACAAGGGUUGUUUGCAUAUCUGCGCUGGGGCCUUUGGAAUUGGAGGGACAGCUUGAUUUUUGAAGCGAAAUCAGAAACUGCAACACAGUUGUUGCAUCGAAUGCAUACACUUGCACAAGAAUUCUUUGACGUAAACAAUAGCUCUCACACAAGUCAUGGUCGUCAGUCUAGCCCUCAAGCUUCUUUGCAUGUUUGGAGGCCUCCAGCAGUAGGUAUUUACAAAAUAAAUGUAGAUAGGGCACUCAAAUCUGGAGACUCCAUCCGUGGGGUUGGGGUGGUUGUCAGAAAUGAGAACGGGGACUUUAUGGCCGCAUGUGUUAGGAGAAUCCAAGCCAGUUACGGGGCUAGGCAAAUGGAGCUUAUGGCUACUAUAGAGGGACUGCGGUUUGCUAUUGAUAUGGGAUUUACUGAUGCUGUUCUAGAAAUGGAUGCACAAGAUUGCAUUCAUAGUAUUCUUUCAACAGAGUGCAAUGGAGUAGAUGGUCUACUGAUUGAGGAGGUGAAAUCUCUACUUAAUAAUUUUAGAGCAGUUGGAUGUCAAUGGACUCCAAGAUGCAGUAAUAAAGUGGCACAUGAUUUGGCUUAG